AUUAAUUAAGUACCUUGUAGGGUUUAAAGAUCAUAUAACACCAUGAUAAUCAAAUUCUCACCCCUUUCAAUCUUACAUGCUUGCUGAGAUAGAAGUUCCAGCUGAACAAAAUCUCUUAGUUCGGCUGGCCUCUUUUAUCUCUUUUUUGGCAUGGAACAUACAGAGCGGAAAGGGCCUCGAAUGUCAGUGCCACAAUUUGGGGGGUGGGAUCAGAAUGGUGGGGCCGAAGUGAGUUCAGGGUACACAGUGGUGUUCACAAAGGCUCGUGCUGAUCGACAACAUCACAAGACUGACUUGUCUGAUAUCAAACGUCAAAGCCAACUUCAAGAUCAUCAUCAUCAUCAUCAUGACGACAUUCCCAAAAAUCAUCAUCAUCAUCAUCAUAACAAGCAUGAUCGUCAUCAUCAUGGUACACCAGAAGAACGGCCCUCUGCUUCUGCUACUCCUAAUCCCAUGGGGAAAAAGAGAAACAAGAAAUCAUGGUUCUUCUGCUGUAUUAGGCUCCGAUAAUACGCUAAGAACCAAUCCCAAUAAUUCAGAGUUAAAAAACAAUGAUGGUGUCAUGAUUCUGAGCUUAUUUGGGACCCAUGUGUACAUGCCAUGUAAAGUUUUAGCUUCAUUCAGAGGUGAAUCUUUCCAUGAUUUGUAUGUGGAUGCUAUACAAUGGAAUUGUUUUGGUGAUGAAA